AGCUUGAACCGUCUGAAAGCACAAUGAUGGCAGAUCAAGAGUCACUGGUACAUUUUGAAGACGUUGACACGGACGAGUUUGAAUUGCGGGAAGCUUGUGGCGUAUUUGGGUGUGUGGCUGCCGGAGAAUGGCCGUCACAAGUAGACGUCCCUCAUACCAUCAGCGUGGGACUGGUCGGGUUACAGCACAGGGGCCAGGAGAGUGCUGGUAUUGUGACAGGAUAUGGGGCAGACACCCACAGGUUUGCCCAGAAGAAGGGCAUGGGGCUGGUAAACCAGGUGUUCUCUGAGGAAGAUAUGGUUCGGUUGAAGGGCAACUUGGGAAUCGGUCACACCCGUUACUCAACCGCGGGGGAAUCUUCCUGGCUGAAUUCCCAACCCCUGGUGGUGGACACGUUACAUGGACGGAUAGCUGUGGCUCACAAUGGAGAGCUGGUGAAUGCAAAGUCAUUGCGACACAAGAUUUUGAGUCAUGGUGUUGGUUUGUCUACCCAUUCUGACAGUGAGCUCAUCACCCAGCUACUCUCCCAUACCCCAUCAUGUGGAGAACCUAAGGGGAUCAACUGGGUUGGCAGGAUAAAGAGAUUGAUGCUGGAGGCACACUUGUCUUACUCACUGGUGGUCAUGCAUAAGGAUCGAGUUUACGCAGUCCGCGACCCGUUUGGUAACCGGCCGCUGUGUUUGGGCAAACUGCUGACAGCUGCAGCUUAUUCAGGGAAGGUUGAUGUGGAGGACUGUGAGAUUGAUGGCUAUGUCGUCUCCUCGGAGUCGUGUGCCUUCCAGGCAAUCGGGGCAAAGUACUACAGAGAGGUGCUGCCAGGAGAAAUUGUUGAGAUUAGCAGGGAUGGUUUCCAUUCCAUGUGUAUAGUCCCACGACCAGAAAACAAACUACCCGCUUUCUGUAUAUUUGAGUACAUCUACUUUGCCAGAGCAGACUCAUUUUUGGAAGGUCAGAUGGUGUACUCUGUGCGAAAGCGCUGUGGUAAGCAGCUGGCCAUUGAUUCUCCUGUCAAUGCAGAUAUUGUGUCCACCGUCCCGGAAUCUGCCACGCCCGCAGCUCUGGGCUUCUCAGAACAGUCCGGAAUACCAUAUGCUGAAGUGCUGUGCAAAAAUCGUUAUGUGGGCCGCACAUUUAUUCAGCCCAGUAAGAGGUUACGGCAGCUUGGGGUUGCCAAGAAGUUUGGAUCACUUGUGGAGAAUUUCAAGGGCAAGCGAAUUGUGAUCAUUGAUGAUUCCAUUGUGCGUGGAAACACGAUGGCUCCCAUCAUACGACUGCUCAAAGCGUCAGGGGCUGCUGAGGUUCACAUCAGAGUUGCCUCCCCUCCUGUUCUCCACCCCUGUUACAUGGGUAUUAACAUCCCAACGAAAGAAGAGUUGAUAGCUAAUCACAUGUCCACAAAGCAGCUUGCUCAACAUUUUGGUGCAGACAGUCUAGAGUACAUGACACUGGAUGGUUUGGUGUCGGCCGUUACGGACAACAUUUCAGAGAAGGGGAGAAAGAUUGGCCACUGUACGGCCUGCCUGAGUGGUCAGUACCCCACAAAACUGGACUGGUGACAAGAUGCUAACAGUGACCCGUGGGAUAAGGUGGAACACUUGUAAACGUCCACUGAUACCAUACCUGUUGAACAAGCUGGACUAAUAGCAGGGUGAUA